GCUCGGCUGCGGUGUCUCGGUUUCCGGUCUCAAUCCGUUUCAUUUUGAGUCCACACUGAUUCUAACUGCUGUAAAUUCUGUCCUCACCAAGUCCAGUUUCGUUUUUGUGCAGAUAAUUUGGAAGUUUAGUGAAGCGAAAUGGCAGAUCAGCUGACUGAGGAACAGAUUGCUGAGUUCAAGGAGGCAUUUUCCCUGUUUGACAAAGAUGGUGAUGGCACUAUCACCACCAAGGAGCUUGGUACUGUGAUGCGCUCGCUGGGCCAAAACCCCACAGAGGCUGAGCUGCAGGACAUGAUCAAUGAGGUCGAUGCAGAUGGCAACGGAACAAUAGACUUUCCAGAGUUUCUGACCAUGAUGGCCAGGAAGAUGAAGGAUACAGACAGUGAAGAGGAGAUCCGAGAAGCCUUCAGAGUGUUUGACAAGGAUGGGAAUGGCUACAUCAGUGCAGCUGAAUUGCGUCAUGUCAUGACCAACCUGGGCGAGAAGCUGACAGAUGAGGAGGUGGAUGAGAUGAUCAGAGAGGCAGACAUAGACGGUGAUGGGCAGGUGAAUUACGAAGAGUUCGUGCAAAUGAUGACUGCGAAGUGAAAGAGGUUCUUCUUUCUGUUUCUCUCUUAACAUUGCUUGUCCUACUAAGAUCACUUUGUCUUUAGUAUUAAAAAAUGAUCCGAAGUUUACUUCAGUGAAAUAUUACGAGUUUUUAAUUCCGCCGACUCCAACUGAAAUAGCGCUCUUUAGUCAAGAAAAAUUGCAGAGUAGUCCCAGCAGAUGAAUGGACCAAGCAUAACUGCAUGAGCCAUUUUGGAGCAAAUGUCUCUAUAUGCACCACAAUUUGAGGAUGGUGCGCAAGUUAAAAAUGAAUUGAAGUCUUUGUGUAAGAUGGCAGUAAUUUACAUGUGGUGAACAUUUUAAUAAUAAUAAAGUUAAGUGUGGUAUUUGUUAAAAUGGCAAAAACACAGCGUUUAAUUAGAGAAUGAUUGCAUGUGCCCUUUUUUGGUGAAGUCAUGCUUUAACUCAAGCUCAGCUACUCUGUUCCAACAUUAAAUUAUGAAUGUAAGUAAAACUCAAUGUUUAUACACCAAUAUUGUAUUAUACAUCAUGUGUAUUUAAACAGCUUUAAAUUAAGUAUCACUAAGGUUUGAUGGCACCAGAUUAAGUGUAGCUGAAGAGCUGGGCUAAAUUUCUUUGCUGACUGGUUUGUUUUUAUUGUGAUGGGCUGUCUGUUGUGUAUAUUGGCUACUAUCUUUACACAGGACUGUAUAUGGAGUAAAGAAAGCAAAUAGUGGUACCGCUGAAGCAUGAGACGAGUCAUCAUCGCUAUUAUCAGUGUUAAGCUUUUCAAAUGUGUUGUUCUCCACUGUAAACGUCUGGUGAGCUUUGUAUCGCCGUUAUUGUGGCAUGAUCUGUGGCUUUGUUUUAACCAGUGUUUUGAGAUGUGCUACAUACUCUUAAGCCUCGAUCUUCACACAAAUGAACUUCUAGUAAAUUAGAACAUAAAAUAAUAUAAUUGACAAGUGUGUAUAUAUAUAUAUAUAUACAUAUACAUAUACAUGCACCCUCCUAUAUUUGCAUUCUGGUGUAAAAUCUGUCCAGUCACAGACUGGGAUGCUGCUGAUCCUUUUUCCAAGUUGUCGUCUCUUGCUCUUGUGAGUUUGUCUGAACUUCUUGUUCAGUGCUACAAAUCUCAUGUGCUUUGCUUGCAGUAUGAUUAAAAAUAUCACCAGGGUCCACUACAGAGGGACGAAGCUGAUUGUACAACGAAAUGUUGGUUUAGAGAGGAAUUUCUUGAGGUGAUCUUAGAUUGGACGAUAGUUAGACUGUUCUGCUUUUAAGCCGUUGUGCUUUUAAUGGUUAUUGCUCAGUUGUAACAAUGACUCGAGGACCCAACAUGUGAAAGGUGUACAAAUAAUAUGCAAUAUAUAUAAAUAAAUGUUUUCCAAUAAAAAUAAAUGUAAACAUUUAUGCUUGCA